UGUUUUCUGUCACCUGGUCCGUCAAAGCUAGGAACUUUCCGUGUGUGAAAUAAGAGGGAAGGAACCGCCAUUUUGUCGCGUUUCCAGAAGCCGUCCUGAUACCACCAGCUACCGCCGGGCCCGCAGCAAAACCACGAAGCCCGGGCUCGCCUGCUGACUCGGCCCUCUCGGGAAAGAUGGGAAAGGGCUACAAGGUGGUGGUUUGUGGAAUGGCCUCGGUGGGAAAGACUGCGAUUUUGGAGCAGCUUCUCUAUGGAAAGCAUACCGUUGGCUUAGAUGAAGGUGCCACAAUGGAAGAUGUGUAUUUGGCAUCGGUGGAGACAGACCGAGGCGUGAAGGAACAGUUAAGGCUUUAUGACACCAGGGGUCUGCAGGAGGGCAUAGAAUUGCCAAAGCACUAUUUCUCUGUCGCUGAUGGCUUCGUUCUCGUCUAUGCUGUGACCAGCCUCGAAGCUUUCCAAAGAGUUGAACUGCUCAAAAAGGAGAUCGACGUCUUUAGAGACAAAAAGGAGGUAACAGUUAUUGUCUUGGGAAACAAAACUGACCUCCUGGACCAAAGGCAAGUGGAAACAGAAGCAGCACAGCAAUGGGCAAGAGCUGAGAAAGUGAGACUGUGGGAAGUGACUGUGACAGAUCGGAAAACAUUGCUUGAGCCCUUCACCUUCUUAGCUAGCAAACUCUCCCAGUCCCAGAACAAAUCAACAUUUCCCUUGCCUGGAAGGAAGAGCAAAGGGAAUAACUGUGAUAACUAAGCUACCUUAGCAUUGUCUGCUGCUGCCAGGUCACAGCCUAAGUCCUUCCUGUGCCAUUUGCUUCUCACAGUUUCACUUAAAGCAAUAAUCUCAUUCAGCAAUAAAAUCAGCAAGCUUAUGGCUAAGAAGUAUCCUUCCUUCUCACAGACUUGGCUUGAGAAUGUCACUGGUGGUAAAAGCCUUAAAAAGCACUUCAUGG